UAAUACCUUUUGCAAAAAGUACUCUUGUAAGAAGAAAUAGUAUGAGGCAACACUUAACAUAUUGACAGCACUUGCUUAUUGAAAUUAGUUUGCAAGUGACUGUUUGGCUAAUUGGAAGUGGGGUUUGUUUUUUAGUUUGCAAGUGGGUUUUGGUUAAACUAUUGUGAAAACUAUUCCGUGAAAUAUAAGUAGGCUCCUUUCAGCAGUUGUUGGUCGCCAUAUUUAAUGGCUUUUAUGGAAGUUGCACUAGGAACGCCUAAAUAAAAAAAAAAUAGAAAAUGACAUCAGCCCAACGUUCCUUUGCCCAAAAAUUGUCAAAGCAACAUGCUUCUGAAGUGCGGAAAAAUGUUGUCAACUGCCAUAUGCAAACAAAGACAACAGACUCUAGUUCCAUGUAUUCCUCAACGCUUUCUCUUACAGAACCUGUUGAGCCGUUGGAUUACGAGGAUUUCUUACUGCAACAAAUCAACGUGCUCAAUAGGGAUCCCUUGAAACAUAUAUUGGACUUUCCGCCCGGAGACGUUUUGGUCAAAACUAUACCGCGUAAAAUACGGACAUCUGAACAUAUUGUGCCAAAAGAAAAUAUUGCUGAACUACCACAACAUGUACAAGAAUGCGUGAAUUGCUAUACGCGUCCAUGGAAAGUCGUCGAAUAUUUACAGCGUCACUACUCAAGUUCGUGCUGUGCGCGUGAACGCAUUGAUCGCGGUACAAUAAGUCCAUCUGCAUACCAACAAGAAUUCGAAGUGGAUAGAGAUUUCGCUUCAUUUGACGAAACACUAACAGACAAAAGUGAUAGUUGUACUCCAAGUUCACGACAAUCUAUUGCUAGUUUAUCAUCCGUUAGUUCAUGUACUGAUACCCUUACACCACGAGGUUCUUGGGCUAGCUUUGAUUUAAGACGUUCUGUAAACGAUCCACUUAUACCGAAUCUCCUUGAUGCUGUACCACCUGAGCAAAUAGAUCAAACAAACGAUGCACGCCGACAAGAGGAUCGUCAGGAGGCAAUGUUUGCUUUAUAUCCAGAAGCCGAUCCUGAAGAUUUAAUUGAGCGUCGUUUACCAGCUGAGAUACCAAUGGAACAUAUUGGUCAUCGUGUGUUUGUGAAAUGCUUACAACUGCGUUUAGAGCUUGAAGUUGAACCUAUAUUUGCUUCAAUGGCAAUUUAUGAUGCUAAGGAAAAGAAAAAAAUUUCGGAGAAUUUUUAUUUUGACAUGAACUCAGAUACACUUAAGCGAAUGUUAAGUACCCAUGUGCGUUGCUCUGAUGCAAGCACACAAAGUCGUGCCGCGGUAUUCGAAGUUACAUACCCAAGCAAUGAUUUGUUUUUGGUUAUACGUCUAGAAAAAGUUCUACAAGGUGAUAUUAAGGAUUCGGUAGAACCUUAUUUAAAAGAUGAUAAAGAUAAAUAUAGAGAAAAAGCUAAAUCUAAUGCUUCUGACUUUUGUGAACGUCUUGGUAAAUAUCGUAUGCCGUUUGCUUGGACAGGAAUUUAUUUGACUAAUAUAUUCAAUGGCGAUAACUUUGAUGGCAAAGAAAAUUGUAACGAGAAAGAAAGUGGUUCAUUGGGUUCGGCUGCAAGUUCGAACAGUUUAGAUCGUAAGUCAUCGACGAGUAGCUUCGAUCAAUUGCGCCGUAAGGCCAAUGAUAUGGGUGGUACACUAACUAGACGUGGUUCAUUGGAACGCAAAGAAAAGCGUCGUUCUUGGUCUCCUGAUGAUUUUGCUAAUGUUAUCGAAACAUUCAGACCUAUAACAAUAACUGUAUCAAGUUUUUUCAAACAAGAAUCUGACAAAAUGAAAGAUGAAGACUUAUAUAAAUUUUUGCCAGAACUUAAACGACCUGGUGCUGUUAUGAAAAAAUAUAAAUGUAUACCGGGUUCAAUAAAAUUGGAAAUCUCACCAUGUCCAGAAGAUGUUAAGAACGCGUUAACACCCGAAUUGGCAAAAGUGGAACCAUAUCCAGAGGACAAAACGCGGCCAAUAAAAGAAAUUUUAGAAUUUCCUUCCACUUCAAUUUACAAUCCACACUACACAUAUCGAAAUCUACUUUUUGUAUCACCAAAAGAACUGAAUUUUUCUUCACGCGCUGGUUCAGCACGAAAUAUUGCCGUGAGAGUGCAGUUAAUGGCUGGCGAAACACAAACUGAUGCAUUAAAUGCAAUAUUUGGAAAAUCAUCGUGUUCCGAAUAUGCAACCGAAGUAUAUACAGCUGUAAACUAUCAUAAUAAAUGUCCUGCAUUUUAUGAUGAAAUUAAAAUUUCACUGCCAGCGAACAUCAAACAAAAUCAUCAUUUAUUCUUUACACUUUAUCACGUAUCAUGUCAGAAGAAACCACAAGAAGUGCAAGCCUCUGUUGAAAGUCCAGUUGGUUACACGUGGUUGCCACUGUUAGAAGAUGGAAAAUUAAAAGUAGGCGAAUUUAGUUUACCUGUAAUGGUUGAAACACCACCAGAAAACUAUUCUUUUAUACCACCAAAUGUACACUUACCAGGCACCAAAUGGUUAGAUAAUCAUAGACCUGUUUUUACGAUUUCAGUGGAUGCAGUAACAUCUGUACACACUUUAGAUGUCAACUUGGACAGAUUUUUCCUUACAUGCGAAUAUCUAGACACACGCAAAAUACCACCACGUAUUGGUGAAGGGAAUAUGGAAAAUGAAAUGAAGAAAUGUCUUCUAGACAUAGCAAAUGCAGAGCGCGAACCAUUAGUUAAAAACUUACAUUUGGUAUUAGAUAAAUUAAUUGAGUUAUUGGUGACUACGUACAAAAUUGGUGGGCAGACUUUAUCGUUGGGUUUGACGGUUUUCGAAGUUUUAUGUAUGGUGUCAUCAAAUCUAUUGAUACUUUCCGAUGAUUUGGUGGCAGAUCAGUAUGGACGUCAAAAUCUCUUCUCGACUUAUGUACAAUUUCAAAGUAAAAUACCUCAUCCAUUUUGUGGUAAACGUCGUAUAACUUAUAGCAGAAGUAAUGCAGAGGAAAUGAUGUCAAACAAUGUUGACACAUACAGCAUUUAUGAUAAUGUCACCACAGGAGGUCGCAGCUUAGAUAGGAAAGAAUUAGCUUUGGAAAUGUCACCCACAUAUGGAGGGCGCGAUGGACAAAUACGCUUACUACACGAAGAACUCGCACUUCAUUGGGUUGUUGCAAGUGGCAAAGCAGCUGAAUUGGCUAUGAGCAACUCUUGGUUUUUAUUUGAAGUUAUUGUGAAAUCAAUGAUUGAACAUUUGGACUAUACACGCACAUUAACUGCACCACGGAAGCAACGUUUUCCACUCAAAUUUACUGAUGAUAUUUCAACAUUGGUGCAUUUGGUUACCACAAAGGUUGUAGGAUUUCAUAGCAACGAACCAAAACUAGCACAAUCAUUAAAUGCAAGCCUAAGCUUUUUUGUAUUCGAUCUGUUUAGUAUAAUGGAUCGUGGUUUUGUAUUUGGUCUCAUAAAAACCUACUAUAAAGUAUUGAUAUCCAAAAAUGCAUCUAUACCAGAUUUAAUGAAUUACAAAAUCGAUUUUUUACGUAUUGUUUGCAGUCACGAACAUUUUUUUGCACUUAAUUUACCAUUUGGUACACCGUACACAACAUUUUCAGCUCCUUGCAGUCCAACACCAAGCACUACAUCAAGUAACAGUCAAACCUCUUACAGUUCCACAGAGCGUGCAUUGCAUGCCGAUCUUAAUUCCGAUUUUCGUCAGCAACAUUUUCUUGUUGGUUUGGUUUUAAGCGAUUUAGCGACAGUAUUGGAGGUACCAAAUCCGCAGUUGCAUGGUAAAGCAAUACGUUGCAUACGAAACCUUAUGACGUCACAUGAUUUGGAUGCACGUUACAGUGAAAAAGAGGCACGUGCCAGAGUUGCAUCGCUUUACUUACCAUUAUUAAGUAUUGUUAUGGACACUAUACCACAGUUUCAUCAGUAUUUGACAGAUACACAUGAUCGUUUGCAAAGCAUUGGUCUUUUGGAAGACUACCAAGGACCGCAUCAAACCAUAGCAACUACAACAAUAAGUCCGGAAGUUGCUUACGCUAUCUCAGGUAGUCGUACGUAUUCUUACGCACCCGACCAAGUAAAAAAUAAGUCACCGCUUAGCACAGAAAAUACAAGACAUUUACUCGCUUGCUUUAUUUGGAUAUUAAAAAAUCUCGAGCGAACUAUUUUGUAUCGUUGGUUAUUGGGUUUAAGUCCACAUCGUGUACACCAAAUGUUACAAGUUUUAAAUACGUGCAUACCAUGUUUCGAAUAUAAAGGACAGAAACGAUUACCAGUACUGAAACGAAACACUCAAAGUUUUCGCAAACCAAAUGAUUUGAAGGAGAAAUUGGAGGAAUGUAUACGAGGUACAAACUCUGCACGUUAUGAUUUAAUCAACCGUCGUAAAGAUCGUAAUUCUACUGAAAAAUUUCGUUGGCGAAAAGAUCAAAUGCCGUAUCGAUCUACAUUUUACGACGUAGUAACUAAACCCGAUCCGGAUUUAGAAUUAAAUUAUUUCAUCGAAGGAUCUUUGGCUACCGAAAUCUCACUGAUUAUACUUGACACUCUAGAAAUAAUAGUGCAAGUGUCGACCAAUUCGGAAAUACAUCAUAAUCUCUUGGGUACUGUUCUAAAAGUACUCUUACAUGCUUUAUCACGCAACCAAAGCACUUUGACGUUGAAAAAUUUGUUCGCUUCUCAACGUGCUUUAAUUUUUAAGUUUCCGAAUUUAUUAUUCGAUGAAGAAACCGAUAUUUGCGCAGAUUUAUGUUUGUUAUUGUUGAAACAUUGCGGUUCGCAAUUGCCUGGUAUACGUUCGCAAGCUGCUGCUUCACUAUAUCUUUUGAUGCGGCAAAAUUUUGAAAUUGGAAACAAUUUUGCACGUGUCAAAAUGCAAGUUACAAUGUCAUUAAGUUCACUUGUUGGCACCAGUUCCUCUUUUAGUGAGCAGUCAUUGAGACGCGCAUUGAAAACUGUACUUGUGUACGCUGAAUCUGACGUUGAUCUACAGGAAACCACAUUUCCUGAACAAGUACAGGAUCUGCUCUUUAAUUUGCAUAUGAUAUUAUCCGACACAGUUAAAAUGAAAGAAUAUCAGGAGGACCCGGAAAUGUUGCUCGACCUUAUGCAUCGCAUUGCGAAAGGUUAUCAAAAUAAUCCAGAUUUACGCUUAACCUGGUUGGAAAAUAUGGCUAAAAAACACCGCGAACGCGCUAAUCACACUGAAGCUGCAAUGUGUUAUGUACAUUCAGCUGCUUUAGUUGCCGAGUACUUAAGCAUGUUAGAAUCACAACCACAUUUGCCUGUAGGUGCUGUUAGUUUUCAACGUGUUACGCCUAACUCACUUAUGGAAUCGGCUGUGUCAGAUGAUGUACUUAGUCCAGGUGAAGAUGGUAUAUGUCUUGGCAAUCAUUUCACUGAAAGCGGUCUGAAAGCUUUGCUAGAGGAAGCUUCUAAUUCAUAUCAAAUUGCUGGAAUGUACGAAGCAAUGAAUGAGGUCUACAAAAUCCUUAUUCCGAUAUGCGAAGCCAAUCGCGACUUUCAGAAACUUGGAAAAAUACAUGGCAAACUUCAGGAAGCCUUUAAUCGUAUAGCACAAUUACAAGGUAAACGUGUAUUUGGCACUUAUUUUCGCGUUGGAUUUUAUGGUGCCAAAUUUGGUGAUUUAGAUCAACAAGAAUUCAUUUAUAAGGAACCCACAUUAACAAAAUUACCGGAAAUCUUUAGUCGUUUGCAAAACUUUUAUGCUGAACGCUUUGGUCCAGAUUCUGUUCAUAUAAUUAAAGAUUCAAAUUCAGUUGAUGUAAGCACGUUAGAUUCAGAUAAAGCUUAUAUACAAAUAACUUAUGUGGAACCAUAUUUUGAAACCUACGAAAUGCGUCAUCGUGAAACUCAUUUCGAAAGAAACUUUAACAUAAAGCGAUUUAUAUUUGCUACACCUUUUACAAAGUCUGGUAAAGCGCAUGGAGAAUUACACGAGCAGUGUAAACGUAAAACCAUACUUACCACAGCUAAUCAUUUUCCAUAUGUAAAAACACGUAUCCAAGUAAUAAGUCGUCAGCAAAUUAUACUUGAACCAAUCGAAGUGGCAAUUGAGGAUAUACAAAAGAAAACUUUAGAAUUGGCUGCAGCAACGAAUCAAGAACCGGCCGAUCCAAAAAUAUUACAAAUGGUACUUCAAGGCUGUAUUGGUACUACUGUUAACCAAGGUCCUAUGGAAAUGGCUACAGUAUUUUUAUCGAAUCUCUCAGAUGGUGUUACGAUACCCACGAAACACCAAAAUAAACUACGUCUUUGCUUUAAGGAAUUUUCGAAACGUUGUAUAGAUGCCUUAAAGAAAAAUCGUAAUCUUAUAUUAUCUGAUCAAAAAGACUAUCAACGAGAACUUGAACGAACUAAUGAGCGGUUUGUGGAACGUUUAACACCUUUAAUGUCCUUAACACCUGCCCAAGCAAUGGGAGUAGUAAAAGCCAAUGCUUAUAAGAGCACACCUUUAAAAUGGUAAACCGUGUUUUAUUAUAUAAAAUUCAAUUAUGGAAUUGCAUUUCAAAAAGGUAAUUUAAUAUUAUUUUAUUUACAUGACUGUACCCUGGAC